CAUUGCAGGCUCAAUUCUUGAACACGAAAGCUGGUUUUGUAUAAUUUAAAUCUUUAGUCAAAUCUGCUAUAUUUUUCUGCGUUUUACGGCGUUCCAUCUUUAAUAAACGUCUUAUAGAGGAUCCAGUCUCGUAGUAGGAAGUACUUUAAAGCUGUCUUUGCAGGUUUUGGCGUGAAAAGAUGUUUCAGCUUUGGAAUUUUCAUUCGAAGUGAAGUGGAUUUUAUAUGCUUGUGCUGAGAAAGGCGCUUAAAUUCAAAAGAAACGCCAUGUCGUCGGAAAGACCCGAAGCCAUGGAUGCUUCACUGUCUCCGCAAGUCAGAGAGCAGUUGUCGAGUAGUUUUAAUGAUGCAAAGAACGCUUGUCCACCAGAACAACCUCUCUGGAGAAGUGCCGAAGUCGAGGACCUCCGCUCUUGUGAAGCACCGCAGCUGAACAAUGAGAGCAUACUCCCUCAAGACAAACGAUCAAGUAGAGAAUGGGUGCUUGAAUGGAGCAAUAAGACCCAAGAAGAAGCUGAACCGUUUGAAAUGAGACACCGCAGCUCUUCCCACACUUCUGGUGAUUCCCCAUCCUCCAUGGGUAGCAUUCCAAGAAGUAGUUCUGCCCCCACAAACACUGGAUAUGACAGUCCUGACCUGGAGCAAAUGGAGGUUGAAGGUACUGACUUACUCCACAGGGUGGUACAAACAAUAGGAGAGGCUACAUCUGACGAUGGAGUUUUCAGUUUGUCAAGGAAUGCAGUUUUCGAUGCCGAUGUGGAUGAGGAUUUUGACAUUGUUAUUGACGAGCACAUGAUGGGAGAAAAGUGGGUCUACUCAAAUUUUUUGAAAUCAAGAAAGAUUCAUGAAUUAAUGCCAAAAAGUUCUAAGAUAGUAGUGUUUGACACCAGAUUAAAUGUUAAAAAGGCCUUCUUUGCUCUAGUAGCAAAUGGUGUGCGGUCUGCCCCAGUCUUUGACAGCCAAAGACAGGAUUUUGUUGGAAUGCUCACGAUUACAGAUUUUAUCAAUAUUCUUCGAAGAUACUACAAGUCUCCAUUGGAAACUGGUUCAACUAAUCAGGCACAAAUGGAGGAACUGGAAGAACAUAAAAUAGAAACAUGGAGAGAGAUUCAGUCGCUCAACACUAAUCAACCAAAAUUAGUUCGCAUUGGUCCAACACAGAGUCUUUAUGAUGCAGUCAAGAUGUUGUUGGACUACAAAAUUCAUCGUCUGCCUGUCAUUGACUAUGCAACUGAUAAUGCUCUUUAUAUUGUUACUCACAAAAGAAUACUGAAGUUUUUAUUUUCAUAUAUGAAGGCAUUACAAAUGCCAGAUUAUAUGAAAAGCUCACUCAAGGAUAUUGGUAUUGGGACUUACAAGAAUGUUUCAACKGUCAAACCUAAUACCCCGUUGAUUACUGCAAUACAAAUGUUUGCUGAAAAGAGGGUAUCUGCUUUACCUGUUAUUGAUGAAAAUGGAGUCGUUGUGGAUAUCUAUGCAAAAUUUGAUGUCAUUAAUCUUGCUGCUGAAAAAAGUUAUAAUAAUCUUGAUGUGACUGUACAACAAGCGCUGGAGCACAGAGCCGAGGGAUUUGAAGGGGUGCACCGGUGUUAUUUGGACGAAAGUUUAUUAACUAUCAUAGAACGGCUUGUUGAAGCUAAGGUUCAUCGGCUGGUCAUAGUGGAUCCCAAUGAUCGCUGUAUUGGAGUUUUAUCUUUAUCAGAUAUUUUAAAAUUUCUCAUUUUAAAGCCAACAGGUGCUCAGUCUCCAAAGCAGUCUUAAGCACGAAGAAUGCACACUGGAGCGAACAGUCUUACUCUUGAGACGAGAUUCUUUGAUGGAAUCAAUGUAAUGAGUCAGUUGUCUUCGUAGUUGUGUUUUUUUAAGGUAUAAAAAUCAUGUUGACAUGUGGGAGCUGCUUUGGUAUGAGUGGAGCAAAUAUGUUGUUUGGUCGUUACAUCAUCGCCGCCGACAUCGUUGGUGUUAUUAUAACAAAAAAUUUCUCGUUAACCUCCUUUGUUAAUAUCACCAACAUGACCGCCAUGUGUUUGUAAUUUGGCCUUCUUUAGAAUGUCCGCAAACCAACAAUACGACAUAUUUUUAUGAUCCGCAUGCGUUUCAAAAACGCAAAAACAUUUGUGAAGCCAUUUCAAUGUAACGGUAUUCGUGGGAUGCGUGUAAUGUCAUAUCCGCAAUUUUGGUUAUUUAAAAAAAUGAUUUGGUGUUGGUGUCUUUUGUCAUAUCAACCAACAUGGCGGCCACGUCUGCUGUCCUCCCCCCCCCCCCCCCCCCCCAAUUAUAUCUUUCAUACGUUAAUGUUUAUUCGGGUAAAAUGUCAAUGUAUUUUAUUAUACACGAUACCGAAUUAAAAAAAGUCUGUCUGUCUAA